GCUGGCGCGGACGGCGCUGCCCGAGCUGCUGGAGUCAGCCGGACGCGAGCCAGCCUCCGAGACGUAUCCGACGCUCACCAAGGCGACGUUCGGCCACUACUACCGCGACAUGUUCGUGUCGCUGGUGGAGGCCAUGCGGGUGGCGGUCUCCGCCGGCCGGCCCGAGCAGCAGCGGCUCGACCUCUGGGCGGCCGCCCUGCGCGUCUUCAACCAGCUGGUCGGCUGCCUCAAGGUGUUCAGUAGCCGGAGCGCCGUCGGGGUUUGCCUGAAGCACUCCCGCCGGCUAGUGGACCUGUUUGUGCGUCACGCCAUCCCCAUGCUGGAGCUGAUGUUGAAGCAGCAGAAGGACGAAGUGCUGACGAUUCUCAAGAACUUCCAGCUGAGCGCCCGUUACCUGCACCACGUGUGCAACCACUCCAAGGGAAUCAAGGACGCGUCGCUGAUGAACCACGUGCCGUUCCUGAAGAAGGGCCUCGAGUCGUUCGUGUUCCGUGUCAAAGCCAUGUUGGCGUUGAACGGCUGCACGGACGCCUUCUGGAUGGGCAACCUGAAGAACCGUGACCUGCACGGCGAGGAGAUCCUCUCUCAGGUGCGUGUGUAG